GGGUUUGAUUCUGCACCGAUCAGCCUUCCUUCCCUGGUUUGGUAUAACUCCCAGCUCCGCAAUGAAGCGAGUCUCCGUUCCCAUCCUCUUUCUUACCGUCUUCUUGUUGCUGUCUGUGGCAUUUGCACGCCAAUUAGGCGAAAAACAAUACUACCAUGUAGAUCAGUGGGGUGGAGGGCCAGGUUGGGGUGGAGGGCCGGGCUGGGGCGGCCGCCCUGGCUGGGGUGGUGGUCCUGGCUGGGGCCGACCAGGCUGGGGUGGCGGUCCAGGCUGGGGUGGCGGCCCUGGCUGGGGUGGCUGCCGAUACCGCUGCUACUACGGUCGGUGCUGUUCCGCCGCAGAGUUUGCUGAGUUUGUACAAUCCCAAGGCAUUCCGCAGGAGUGAUCAAGCGUCGGAUACCUCUAAGUAAUAAAUAAUGUUGGCCAUGUGAACCAUCAGCAUGUGUUGAAUGUACUUCUACAAUGGAAAGGUAGAUUAAGAGGAUAGCGGGGAGCAUCAUGUUGUUGUCUGUUUUAUGUAAUGGAGGAACCAAAAACUUGUAUGUUCACAUGCUCGGUUUGUGCUUUCUUAAAUGUGCAAUGAAAUGCUAUGCAAUAUCAUUACACCA